AGUCGGCACGCCGCGCGACUGUGCCGCCAGCCGACGGGGCGGCUGCUGGCCUCCCGGGCCAGGCCUCCUCCGAGCCGCGCAUCAUGGCGUCGGAGGGGCCUCGGGAGCCCGUGGGCGAGGGCGUCAAGUUGUCAGCAGAUGUCAAACCAUUUGUCCCCAAAUUUGCUGGGCUCAGUGUGGCAUGGUCAGAGUCUUCGGAAGCACGUGUGUUCCCUAGCUGUGCAGCCACCUACUAUCCGUGUGUUCAGGAGCUUCCUGUGCCUCAGCAGAAGCUCUAUGCUGAAGAUGUGGCCUUCGGAGCUUCACCUUUCCCACCUCAGUAUUUAUCUUCUGAGCUUGCUCUUCAUCCGUGCCGUUACUCUCCUUACCCCGUGGAGGGCUCACAGAGCGGCUGCCCAGUGCCCGGCUCCCAGUAUGCUUGUGGCCGCCCCAGCGCGUACCGAGGUUUUCAGACCGUAAAGCCGCGAGGCGAACAGAUGUGCCCUCUCCCACAAGACUCAAAAGCUUUGUUUAAGAAAAAAACAUAUGAGCAAAAGUUUGACAGCAAGAAGGCUGAUGGAUCUCUGUCCUCUGAUAUAAAAUCAGUUAGAGGUUCACAUCCUAUGUCCAUUCACGCUGACGCUAACUUGAAACCAGAUGGUUACCAGAAACGGACAGACAGGAAAUCCAGAAUCGUUGAAAAAAGUGGAUCUGCCUCCAAACCUGAGUUUGAAUUUACCAGGUUGGACUUUCCCGAACUGCAGGGUCCGGAGCACAGUGAGAGCUCAGAGACAGAGAAGCAGUCCAAGUGGGGGCCUCUGCGCUCCGCCGCAGCUGACCUGUCUCUUCUCCGAGAGGUGGUGAAACCCGCCGUGGUGACAGCGGAGGGUGAAGGGGUGGUGAGAAGCACAGACGCAGCAGAGACCAUGACUGGCAGCGCUGUGGCUGAUCCCGCCUCCUGUACCAGAGAGUUAUCUUGGACACCAAUGGGUUAUGUUGUUCGGCAGACAUUAUCUACAGAACAGUCAGCAGCCCCUAAAAACGUUACUUCCAUGAUAAACCUAGAGAUGGUCGCUUCGUCAACAGACUCAAAAAGCGUUAGUAUGUCACCUUCUGAAGUUUUAUCUUCGGAUCCUUCCUACAAAGAGAAACACAUCCACUCUGCUAAAAAGUCCAAAGCAUCACAAGGUGGCAAUCCUGAACAGGAUGAAGCCUCAAGAAAGCAUAAGAAAAAGAAAGAAAAGUCUAAAUCAAAAUAUGAAGUCUUGACCGUUCAGGAACCACCAAGGAUUGAAGAUGCCGAGGAGUUCCCCAUUCUGGCAGUUGCGUCUGAAAGAAGAGACAGAGUAGCAUCUCCGAACUUUCAGUCCCAGCAGCAGCCGCAGAAUAAUUUUAAAAAUACUGGAAAGAAGAGCCAGAUUCCGGUACAGUUGGAUUUGGGAGGAAUGCUGGCAGCCCUGGAGAAGAAGCAGCACUCGCAGAGUGCAACGCCGUCCUCCAGACCUGUGGUGUUCUCAGUCGGGGCGGUGCCGGUCCUCUCCAGAGACACCGUGUCGGGGAAGAAGGGCCACCACUUGAGCCAGGUGAAGACCCCGCACAACCCCUUGGACUCCAGCGCCCCACUGAUGAAGAAGGGGAAGCAGAGGGAGGUCCCCAAGGCCAAGAAGCCAACCUCAUUGAAGAAGAUUAUUUUGAAAGAACGGCAGGAGAGAAAGCAGCAGCGUCUCCAAGAAAAUGCUGUGAGCCCUGCUUCCGCCAGUGACGCUGUGCUGGAUGGUGAGAGCGGUGGUGAUGAGGCCCUUGAGCUGGCCGACCCCUCAGGACUGGAGACGUUGCCGUUCUCUGCGCCCGCGCUGGAGGGCAGGUCAGAAGAGCUGCCAAGAGCGGAGCUCCAGAAGGAGGUAGAGGGCUGCCAACUGGUUCCCGACGGCGCUGGCUGCCCCAAGAUCCACAGCCGGAGAUUCCGGGAUUACUGCAGCCAGAUGCUGAGUAAGGAGGUGGACGCGUGUGUCACGGAUCUGCUGAAGGAGCUGGUGCGCUUCCAAGACCGCAUGUACCAGAAAGAUCCAGUCAAGGCUAAGACCAAACGCCGACUUGUGCUGGGGCUGCGGGAGGUCCUCAAGCAUCUGAAGCUCAGGAAACUCAAGUGCAUCAUCAUCUCUCCCAACUGUGAGAAGAUCCAGUCGAAAGGUGGGCUGGAUGACACGCUGCACACCAUCAUUGAUUAUGCCUGUGAGCAGAACAUUCCCUUCGUGUUCGCGCUCAACCGCAAAGCUCUGGGGCGCAGUUUGAACAAGGCCGUUCCCGUCAGCGUGGUGGGCAUCUUCAGCUACGACGGGGCCCAGGACCAGUUCCACAGGAUGGUCGAGCUGACGAUGGCCGCCCGGCAGGCGUACAAGACCAUGCUGGAGAAUGUGCGCCGAGAGCUGGCCGGGGAGCCUGGGCCCCCGGCUCCGGCCGGCCCGCCCGUGCAGGGCCCCGGCGGCUCGGCGCAGGACGGCCCCCCUGCCUCCGUGCCUGGGAAAGAAGAGCCGCACUACAUUGAAAUCUGGAGAAGACACCUGGAAGUGUACAGUCGCUGUGCUCUGGAGCUGGAAGACUCGCUGGAGGCUUCAACCUCUCAGAUGAUGAACCUGAAUUUAUAGAAGAGUUCUUUGUGUGUGUUGUGUGGGGUAAGGAAGGGGUGCUCGAGAGACCCCGGGCCUUCCUCUUCUCAGGUCUCCGUUGACCUGUUGUGUUCUGUGUGGCUGUUGAGUUGGGAGGUGAAGCCAGGAUGCGUGUCCUGGGAAGGGGCCCUUGAGUAUGCUGGCAGGAGACUCGCCCAAGAGCAUGGAGAUGCAGCUUUGGAUCUGAGCACACGGAGUCUGG